UGUUAUUUUUAAAUAUUUUUCUCUCUAUUUGCUUUGUUUCAGCGACUACCAAUCAAAAACAUUAGCCCAGGACAGGAGGAUCUCUCAGCAACCUUUUCUCUCAUUUUUUCUCCAAUUAGCUCUGGUUUAGGUGAUGGCUUCAAAGCGGAUCUUGAAGGAGCUCAAGGAUCUACAGAAAGAUCCUCCUACCUCCUGCAGCGCAGGCCCUGUUGCUGAAGACAUGUUUCAUUGGCAAGCGACUAUUAUGGGUCCUCCUGACAGUCCAUAUGCCGGUGGAGUGUUUCUAGUCACCAUUCAUUUCCCACCGGACUAUCCUUUUAAACCACCAAAGGUUGCAUUCAGGACAAAGGUCUUUCACCCUAAUAUUAACAGCAAUGGUAGCAUUUGCCUCGAUAUUUUGAAGGAGCAAUGGAGCCCUGCCCUCACCAUAUCCAAGGUAUUGCUCUCAAUCUGCUCACUCUUGACGGAUCCAAACCCUGAUGAUCCCUUGGUGCCGGAGAUCGCCCACAUGUACAAGACCGAUAGGAGCAAGUACGAGACGACUGCUCGGAGCUGGACCCAGAAGUAUGCUAUGGGUUAGUGUGCUAAUGUGUAUGCAAUAGGAAGGCUAUUGUUCCAUGUUGCUUUGAAUUGAUAUGUAUGAAUCAGUGAAUCAGUAUGUGUGAUCUUGUCUCUCCACCUUAUGUACCGAACCAAGCCCCCCUUAAAACACAUUUGCUGCUUUAUUUGUUUGUAUGGAAAUUAUCUUUAAAACUUUAAAUCC